AUGGCUAGCACCUCUGCAGGAGCAGCACCUCCUCCAAGUCUCAUUCCAGUUUCCGCAGCCACAGCAACAACUUCAGCCCGUUCCGACACAUUCAAGACAGAGUUCCACCCCCACAGCGGUCACCCUACAACUGUCGAGACAUUUUCUGCUUAUGGGACUGGAUUGGGAACACGUUCACCCAUGGUUGAUGAUACACCUUGGCACCCUUUUACCUGUUGUGCGGACUUUGAGUUCACUGAGCUUGCGCACAAAGCCGCACUGAACAAGGACCAAAUGAAUGAGCUGUUGAAGUUCAUUUGGCAAGUCGCAGAUGGUCACACAAAGUUUUCGUUCAGAACACACAGAGAUGUUACAACUGCAUGGGCUAGGGCGUCUAGCCAGAUGUCACCAUUUGAAAAACAUAUUAUACCCAUUGAUUACAAGAAGGAAACAAUUGAGUAUGAAGUUUAUUCGCGGCCUCUGUGGGACUGGGCAAUGGACCUAUUAGCCAAUCCCUUGUUGGCUCCACACUUUGUCUGGGAUGCUCAGCAGCUUUAUAAGCACGACGGGACUCACUUUGAGCACUGCUUUCAUGAGCCAUGGAUGGGAGACCACUGGUGGAAUCUUCAAUCCUUAUUACCUGAGAAUGGAGUGCCCUUCGCAUUCAUAUUAUAUGCUGACAAAACUCAUCUUUCGUCAGCUGGUACUGUCAAAGCAUACCCAGUAAUCACCCGCUGCGGGAAUCUACCAGUCAAUAUUAGGAAUGUCAAUGGUCCCGGAGGAGGGUGUCUGGUAGGUUGGUGUGUGAUGGCGCUAAUACGGGGCCUUAAUUCUGCCUGCCCUUGCCCCAUUUGCCUGGCCCCGAGAGAAGAACUCACCGACCAUUCAACGACUUACCCUAAGCGCACCAUUAAAGACGCACAAGAUCGUGUCAAGUUAUGGUCCAGAGACUGCAUUGUGGGCGAGGCAGAACUGAAGAAACAGAACUUGAGGCCUAUCAAGAAUGCAUUAUGGAAAGUCAAGCUGUCCAACCCGCACGAUGCGCUCUCGCAAGAUCCGCUACAUCUCUAUCAUAAGGGGAAGUUUGGCAAUCACUUGUUUGAUGAGUUUAAGAAACACGUCAAGGCACUUGGACAUGCUGCCGAGAAGAAGGUUGAUAAACAGUUUGAUGCAUUUCCGCAAUGGCAAAACCUGAACCAUUUCAACCGCAUUACCAACAUAUAUUUUACUGAUGGUAACAAAUUCCAGGACAUAUCUAGGGAAUAUAUUGAGGCCCUUGGCGAUGACACGACUAAGAAUUGGAAUUUCCCAAAGGCUCAUGCCUCGAAGCAUGUAUUCACUGACAUUAGGGAGAAAGGAGCAGCUCGAAACUUCAGCACCAGACCAAAUGAGAAGCAACAUGGACUGAUCAAAUGUGCAUACAAAUUGCAAACAAACAGGAAGGAUAUCGCUAACCAGACUAGAUCAUAUGACCCUUACCUAGAUGAUCAACCUUUUGGCAGACAUAUUCACCUUGGUGCCCCGCAACACUCCCUGACCCUUUCGCAGCUCGAAGAAGAAAAUGCAUCCAAGCCUGCCUUUGCACAGUUCCGCAAGAAACUUUCAUUAUUCCUCAACAAUUUUCUGCCCACCUACAACAUACUGCUACCUGAUGGCAAAAUCAAAUUCUCACUUGGAACGAUUUCUUGUGUCCAGGAGCAUCGGUUCCUCAAGGUCAACUAUGAGUCUGCUGUGGAUUGGAAGCUCACUACAGAUUAUUUGCGGUGUAACCCGAGCUUUCAUGAGCAUGAGUGA